UGCGCCGCGCGCUGUCAGCUUGUGGCUYGGCCGGCUCAGUCGCGGGACUCGCUAGCAGCGAGCGACUCUGGGGCCCCAGCUCUCCGCGGUCCGGAGGCACCAUGGACGACAGGGAAUUAAUUGAAUACUUCAAAUCUCAGAUGAAAGAAGAUCCUGACAUGGCYUCAGCAGUGGCUGCCAUCCGGACUUUGCUGGAGUUCCUGAAGAGAGAUAAAGGGGAGACAAUCCAGGGCCUGAGAGCAAAUCUCACCAGCGCCAUAGAAACCCUGUGUGGCGUGGACUCCUCUGUGGCAGUGUCCUCUGGUGGGGAGCUCUUCCUUCGUUUCAUCAGCCUUACCUCCCUGGAGUACUCGGAUUACUCUAAAUGUAAAAAGAUCAUGAUUGAGCGAGGAGAGCUUUUUCUCAGGAGAAUAUCCCUGUCRAGAAAUAAAAUUGCUGAUCUAUGCCAUACUUUCAUCAAAGAUGGGGCGAGAAUAUUGACUCACGCCUACUCCAGAGUGGUCCUGAGAGUGCUUGAAGCAGCUGUGGCAGCCAARAAGCGCUUUAGCGUGUACAUUACAGAGUCGCAGCCUGAUCUGGCGGGUAAGAAAAUGGCCAAAGCGCUCUCUCACCUCAACGUCCCAGUCACCGUGGUGCUGGAUGCUGCUGUUGGCUACAUCAUGGAGAAAGUAGACCUCGUCAUAGUCGGCGCUGAAGGAGUCGUUGAAAACGGAGGGAUUAUUAACAAGAUUGGGAGCCACCAGAUGGCCGUGUGUGCCAAGGCACAGAACAAGCCCUUCUAUGUGGUUGCAGAAAGCUUCAAGUUUGUGCGGCUCUUCCCACUAAACCAGCAAGACGUYCCAGAUAAAUUUAAGUACAAGGCAGAUACUCUGAAGUCUGCACAGACUGGACAGGACCUGAGAGAGGAGCACCCAUGGGUGGACUACACCUCCCCUUCGUUAAUCACCCUGCUAUUCACAGACCUGGGCGUGCUCACACCCUCAGCAGUCAGUGACGAACUCAUCAAGCUCUAUCUAUAACCACCGGUCUUCCCGGUGUCCAGUGUACCUGCCUGGGGCAGGGUGGGCAGCCUCUCAACCCCUGUGAGCCAAGCCAAAAGGAAUCAUUCUAUGGAAGACCCGUGGACUGUGGAUUUAAAUUACAUGUCUUGGAGGAUCUUUUUUACUCAUGUGUUCUUGGUUCUGAAACCAAACCUAAAUGAGCACCAAACCUAAAUGAGCAUACAGUUUCUAGAGACCUUCAUUGUCCAGAAAUAGCUACGUUAUUGGCUGCUUCCCUGAGGGAAAACCAAGCCCACCACCCUUUCUCCUGUGCUGCUCCACACUAAUUUGCCAAAAGCAUCUAAGAAAGGCAGGCUGAGAAGCAGUGCCACAGCCAGACCCCUAUGGUAAGGGACAGCAGCUGGCAGGACAUGCACCACAUGUGGAGCUCAUGAGAAAGGCAAGGGACACUUGCUGGCUUGCAUCUGCUCCAUCCCCCCUGGACAGGACCUAGCCAGUAAGUAAAUACUGAAGUUACAUCACAAGGCAGGCAGGAGCAGCAUUUAGCAGGUAUCAUAAAGAUACCUUCCUGCUGGAGUAUUUGUAAACUUAGAUUCUGAAUCUGUAAAAGGUGAAUUUCCUGUGAAUGUGUUUGGUCCUAAACAGCUUUUUAAAAAUAUAUUUGGGAACAAGUUCAGCAUUUUCAAAUAAAUUAUGUGAAAGAUUUU